AUGGACACUCAGAGCAUCAAAGAGAAUGAUGAAACCAUCAGAGAACCAGUGAUUGGUGAAGAGCCAGCUAGGGCAGCCCCAUCUGAGGCUUCAUGUAAUCCAAAUGGGGACACAGGAGCAGGUUCAGAAGCUCAGAGUGCCCAAGGCAUGAGUCGCGAUCCAAGCCUCAGAGAGAACCUCCAAGCAGAAGAACCAGACCAACAUGCAGCCAGCGAGGAAGGCACCAGCAGCCUCCUGGGGCUUUCCUUUCCCAGAAAACUCUGGGCAGUAGUGGAGAACGAGGCGUUCAAGUCUGUGGGCUGGAGUGAGAAAGGAGACACCGUGAAGAUUGAGGGAGACCUUUUUGAAACAGAGGUCUUUCAACGCAGUGGUGCAGAUAAAAUUUUUGAAAUGGACAGCUUAAAGUGUUUCAUCUGUCAACUUAAUCUUCAUGGAUUCAGGAAUAUCCACCCAGAUAAUACACCAGUGCACUAUGGAAAGCAGACAAUGAUGAUCUACCAAAAUGCAAACUUUCAGAGAGACAAACCAGAGCUGCUACAGAACAUCUGGAGAAGAGGAGACGGAUGCAGCUCUGCUCAGGAAGAUCCAUGCUGCAAGAGAAGGAAGGUCAUCUUUCCCCAACGCUCUCCAUGCCUUCAGAAGAAGGAGGAAAACCCCAUCUCCCUGAAGGAAGCCCCCAACGACCUGGCACCAGUAGGCCAGGACACCUUAGUUCCCACUGGCAUCACUGGAUGCCCUGUACCACCAUGCCCUCCUCAGGGGCACAGUGUCCCAUGUGGACAAUGCUCCCCUGAGAAUGGCACCGUGUUAUCUCCAGCUAGUGACAAAAUUGAGGGGUCUGGGCAGGUGAGCAUCAGGUCCUCAUGGUUCCCUAAUUGGGGUUCAGUGAUAUCUCUCUACAACAAGUGUUCUUCCAUGCUGAAGGCUGCCAUGUCAGCCAUUUCCUUAAGUGAGCUGUCUGAUGGGGAGAGAGAGGAGGACUCCUCCACAAGCGAGUCCUCUGAUGAGGAAGAACAGGAGGGCUUCCGUCAAAAUAAGUGUGUGAUCUGUGAGCUACUUAAGGGCAGUUCUCGUUGGUGA